AUGCGGGUAAUAGUAAAGACACAAGUAUUCUAUUGGUCCGUCAUCACUUUGGUCUUUCUGAACACGGCAUGCGUCGCGUCUGAACAUUACGGGCAGCCACCAUGGCUCACGAAGUUUUUACAGUAUGCUGAGUACGUUUUUCUAGGAAUUUUUAUUAUGGAAGUAUUGCUCAAAUUAUUUGCCAUGGGUUCCCGUACCUAUUUCGCAUCAAAGUUCAAUCGCUUCGAUUGCAUUGUCAUCGUUGGCUCAGCGUUCGAAGUCAUUUGGGCUGAAGUUAAAGGCGGAUCAUUCGGUAUUUCAGUGCUGAGAGCGUUACGAUUACUCAGGAUAUUCAAAUUAACAUCUUACUGGGUGUCUCUUCGUAACUUGGUCCGAUCGCUGAUGAACUCGAUGCGAAGUAUCAUCUCACUAUUGUUCCUGCUUUUUCUUUUCAUUCUCAUCUUUGCUCUACUUGGAAUGCAAUUAUUUGGUGGAAAAUUCAACUUCCCCACGAUGCAUCCCUACACUCAUUUUGAUACGUUCCCUGUUGCCUUGAUUACCGUAUUCCAGAUCCUCACCGGUGAAGAUUGGAAUGAAGUGAUGUAUCUAGCCAUAGAAGCACAAGGUGGUAUCUAUGGUGGAGGAAUGGUGUACUGUAUCUACUUCAUCGUUUUAGUACUUUUUGGAAACUACACCCUGCUAAAUGUGUUCUUGGCUAUCGCCGUCGAUAACUUGGCAAACGCUCAAGAGCUCACUGCAGCAGAGGAAGCCGAUGAAAAAGCUAACGAAAUGGAUGAUAGUGAGGAGGAAGAGCCAGAUGGUGAUCACUGCGCAAUCGAUAUGGAUGGAAACGAUCAGGAUGACGAUGAAGAGUGUGAAGAGGAAGAGUCACCGUUUGGUGGACCUCGACCGAUGGUCCCUUACACAUCGAUGUUCUUCCUAUCUCCAUCGAAUCCAUUACGCGUUCUUGUCCACAGUAUUGUAUGUACAAAGUAUUUCGAAAUGAUGGUGAUGGGUGUGAUUUGUCUGUCAUCGAUUUCGUUGGCUGCUGAAGAUCCCGUCGAUGAGGAUAAUCCCAGGAACAAAGUGCUCCAGUACAUGGAUUACUGUUUCACUGGCGUUUUCGCAUGCGAAAUGCUUUUGAAGCUAAUCGAUCAAGGGAUCAUACUUCAUCCUGGCUCAUACUGCCGUGAUUUUUGGAACAUCCUUGACGGCGUUGUUGUCACAUGUGCUCUUCUAAUCGAUCAAGGGAUCAUACUUCAUCCUGGCUCAUACUGCCGUGAUUUUUGGAACAUCCUUGACGGCGUUGUUGUCACAUGUGCUCUUGUUGCAUUUGGUUUCGCUGGUACCGAAGGAUCAGCUGGUAAAAACUUGAAUACCAUCAAAUCGCUGAGAGUACUUCGUGUGUUGAGGCCACUGAAGACCAUCAAAAGGAUACCAAAGCUGAAGGCUGUGUUCGACUGCGUCGUGAAUUCACUUAAAAACGUGUUCAACAUUUUAAUUGUAUACUUUCUAUUUCAAUUUAUCUUUGGAGUAAUUGCUGUACAGCUUUUCAAUGGGAAGUUCUUUUAUUGUACCGACAAAACGAAACGCUUUGCACAUCAAUGUCAUGGACAGUUUUUCAUUUUCGAUAAUCAGAAUGAACCGCCUCGUGUUGAACAGAGAGAAUGGAGACUUCGGCCGUUCAACUACGAUAAUACCAUCAAUGCGAUGCUCACACUGUUUGUGGUGACUACGGGUGAGGGAUGGCCGGGUAUUCGCCAGAACUCAAUGGAUACCACAUUUGAAGAUCAGGGACCAAGUCCUUUCUAUCGGGUCGAGGUAGCACUAUUUUAUGUGAUGUUCUUUAUUGUAUUUCCGUUCUUCUUCGUCAAUAUUUUCGUCGCCUUGAUUAUCAUCACAUUCCAAGAACAGGGUGAAGCUGAGCUAUCAGAAGGUGAUCUGGACAAGAAUCAGAAGCAAUGUAUCGAUUUUGCGUUAAACGCUCGACCACGCUCUCUGUUUAUGCCGGAGGAUAAGAAUUCGAUAAAAUAUCGAAUUUGGCGACUUGUCACAUCAGCACCCUUUGAAUACUUCAUAAUGGCGAUGAUUUGUUGUAACACAAUCAUUCUCAUGAUGAAAUUUCACGGGAAUUCAGAUUUCUACGAAAAAGUCCUGAGAUUAUUCAAUACUGCACUCACAGCUGUGUUUACUGUAGAGAGUAUACUGAAGAUUCUAGCCUUUGGAGUUCGGAAUUAUUUCCGAGAUGGCUGGAACAGAUUCGAUUUUGUGACAGUUGUUGGUUCAAUCACUGAUGCGUUGGUUACCGAGUUUGGAGCACGUCUCAUUCGACUUCUUCAACAAGGAUACACCAUCCGAAUUCUCUUGUGGACAUUCGUUCAAAGUUUUAAGGUCUGUUUUUUUUGGGCAGUAAAGGUAACUAUGAAUUUGUGGUGA